AUGUCUACCCCAACUUCAUCCUCCCUCGUUGAGGAGGAGACUGUCCCAACCUACGAGCCGCAGAGAUUUUACCCGGCGAAGCUAGGAGACGUAUUGGGCUCGCGAUAUACCGUUGCCUCCAAGCUCGGAUUUGGCACGAAUUCAACCAUCUGGCUUUGCCGAGACAGCAAGAGACAAGAACACGUGGCUGUCAAAGUCUGCGCGCUUGGGCAGAAAUUCCGGGAUAGCGUCGCUCGCACCCAAGCAGAGUCCGAGCAGGCUGUUACAGCCUUCUUUGGCUCGAUUCAGAUUGAACAUCCGGGUAUCAACAGCUUGCGUCUUCUUCGGGGCCACUUCGAUGUUCAGGGCCCUCGUGGAACUCAUCCAUGCUUAGUUCACACGCCUCUUGGUAUGAACUUGCUCCAAUUGCGUAAUAUCAUGCCAAAUCAAAUGCUGCCCACUCCGCUUCUACAGCACACCUUAUUGCGAGUAUCAUUCGGCUUGGAUCUUCUUCACCAGGCUGGUGUCAUUCAUACAGAUCUAUCUCCUAACAACAUUUUGAUCAGCGUCCCAGACACAACUAUCUUUUCUCAGAUAGACAAAGCUGAGUCCGAGCACCCAUCUAUCCUCAAAUCCACUGGAGACAGAACCAUAUAUGGCUCUCGGCCACUGCCCGUCACUCAAGGCAUCCCUGUUAUAUGUGACUUUGGCGAAUCUCGCAUGGGACAGCCUGGGCAAAAGUAUCGAGGGGAUGUGAUGCCUGACUUCUACCGCGCGCCAGAAGUGAUUCUGGGAAUGGAAUGGGACGAAAAAAUUGACAUCUGGUGUGUUGGGCUAAUGGAUCUAUUCCAGGGUACUCGCCUAUUUUACGCCCUCAAGGAUAGAAUCCUUAAUGACGAGCAACAUCUUGCCGAGAUGGCUUCGCUCAUGGGUCCCCCUCCGAAAGCGUUCCUAGAGCGAAGCCCCAAGUGCCGUGAGUACUGGGAUGCUGAUGGUAACUGGAUAGCAUCAACACCCAUUCCAGAGCAAAGCUUUGACAUGAGAGAGGCCCAGCUGAAAGGCGAAGACCACCAACUGCUAUUAGCGCUCGUCAAAAAGGUUUUUCGCUGGCUUCCCGAAGAACGAGCAACGGCGCAGGAAUUAACAGAGGAUCCUUUUCUUACCCAGUUUCUCAAGAAGAACUAA